GGAAACUCAUCCAUAUUCUGCCGAGAUAGGAUACUAAGCAUUUGUGGAUUGUAGAGGGAUCAUCACUGAUCAGUUAUGCUGCUCAACAUGACCUCUCAGUUUCUGAAUUCAACCAUCAACUCCACCGACUCCAUGGAGACAGAUUAUUUUACAAUAUGCAGUGACAUGUAUGAGGGAGUUGUGUUCUGGGCUUGUUCCAGUGUAGUCUUGUCUCUGUUUGGGUUCCCUGCGUGUGUCACCGUUCUCUGGGAGCUGUUUCAGAAACACAGGAGAGGAACCCCCACCACCCCCAAUGACGUCUUCAUGCUGAACCUCACAGUCAUGGACUCUGUUUUCUUAGGAUUCAUGCCUACCUCUGUAUGCAACUACCUCUUUUGGCACAACUGGACUUUUGAAACCUUUCUUAACUUCCUCUAUUCUUUGAGUUUGAUUGGCCGACCUCUCUUCAUGACCUGUAUCUGUCUGGACUGCUACCUGGCUGUGGUUCAUCCAAUCAUGUACAGAGCCAGGAAGGGUCUGACCUCCAGGGUUCUGAUGUGUGUUGUAGUGUGGGCUGUCACUCUGGCUUAUGGGACUGCAUUCAUUCUUAUAGAUGGCUUGUACUACCAACCUAUCACUCUCUGGCCUCAACUCAUCACCCUGCCCACCAUAGGGGUCUGUGACUUCUUCAUCCUCCGGGCUCUGAAGAGUUCUGACCCUGCAGGACGAGACCUCCACCCCCAGAAGAAGAAGGCUCUUCAGAUCAUCAUCAACAGCCUGGUCAUGACGGUCAUUACCUACCUUUCUCCAGUGUUAGUGUUCUCCAUGAGAACCAUGAUGCCAGGCAAGGUGUUUCUGUGUUUCGCAAUAUUUCCACUGAUCAGCUUCACCACUGCAGGAAGCGCUCUUAUGCCUGUUCUGUACUUGAAUAAUUUAGGAAAACUGGGCUUUAUAUUUAUACACUGACUUUUUUAUACACUGUCACUUUCAGCUACUGGUUGCUCUAU